AUGGCGGGGGCCGCGGGAGGGGGCGGACUCGGGGGCGGUGGGGAAAACGCGCCCUGGCCCCCCUCUAUCACCCCGGCCCCUUUGGACCGGCUGCUCAAGGCGCGGGCGCUGAAGAUCCGGGAGGAGCGCAGCGGCAUGACCACGGACGACGACGCCGUCAGCGAGAUGAAAAUGGGCCGGUACUGGAGCAAGGAGGAGCGCAAGCAGCAGCUGCUGCGGGCCCGGGAGCAGCGCCGGCGCCGCGAGCUAAUGCAGCAGAGCCGGCUGGACUGGCAGCGGGAGGCCCCAGGAGCCCCCGACCAGCUCAGCAUCCUGGCACUCAGCCACCGCAAGAGCCUCAGGAAGCGUAGCCGGCGCAUCCUGGACAAUUGGAUCACGAUCCAGGAGAUGCUGGCGCACGGCGCCCGCUCGGCCGACGGGCACCGGGUCUACAACCCGCUGCUGUCCGUCACCACCGUCUGAGCCCCGAGGGGCCCGCCGCGCCCCGCCAGAACUCGGGGCUCCCCCGUCCCACCCCUGCCAGAACUCGGGGCUCCUCCACACUGCCCCUGCCAGAACUUGGGGCUCCCCCUGCC